AAUCACGUGUACUCCUUCUCCUUCCACUGACACUCCACCAGCAACUACUGCAAACUCUCUCUUUCUCUCUCUCUCUCUCUCAUCUCCGAUAGCAGAUGGCCGUCCCUGGCUCGCUCUCGCCGUCUUUCUCUCUCCUUGCCUCUUCUCUCUCCUCCAGAGUCUGCAAUUCCUCCUCAUCACUCUCCUCGUCACUCUUCUUCUCUCGCGUCCAUGUCCGACCGCGAAUUCCUCUCCUCCGCUGCCAAUGCAAGCACGACGCCGCUUUGGCGUUUCCUGGCGCAGGCGAGGAUUUGCCUCUUGAUUACGGCGACCUGUUUCCGAAACCGGAUCCUUCCGAUCGCAGAAGAGCCGGCGUACUGCUCCACCCGACGUCGUUUCUUGGACCCUACGGGAUUGGCGAUCUUGGAGAGGAGGCCUUCCGUUUUCUUGAUUGGCUACAUGAAGCUGGUUGCUCUGUUUGGCAGGUUCUUCCUCUUGUUCCUCCAGGGAGGAGGGCUAAUGAAGAGGGCUCUCCCUACUCCGGCCAGGAUGCAAAUUGUGGCAACACUCUUUUGAUUUCCCUUGAAGAGCUUGUUAAAGAUGGCUUGUUGAAACAAGAUGAGCUACCAAAACCAGUUGAUGCUGAACGUGUGAACUUCUCAACAGUGGCAGAGAUGAAGGAUCCUUUAAUAGAAAAGGCUGCUGAGAGACUUAUUCAGAGUGAAGGUGAUCUUAAAAGUCAGCUUGAAAAAUUCCGCAGUGACCCUGAUAUAUCAAGCUGGCUUGAAGAUGCAGCUUACUUUGCUGCAAUUGACUGCAGUCUAAAUACCUUCAAUUGGUACCAGUGGCCUGAACCUUUGAAAAAUCGACAUCUUGCAGCGUUGGAGAACAUCUACCAAAGCAAAAAGGAUUUUAUUGACAUAUUCAUUGCCCAACAAUUCUUGUUCCAAAGGCAAUGGCAGAAAGUUCGGAAGUACGCACAGGAGAAGGGAAUUAAUGUAAUGGGGGACAUGCCCAUUUAUGUAGGUUAUCACAGUGCUGAUGUUUGGGCCAACAGAAAACAAUUUUUGCUGAACAGGAAUGGUUUUCCUCUACUUGUUAGUGGUGUUCCUCCUGAUGCCUUCAGCGAAACUGGUCAGCUGUGGGACAGCCCUCUUUACAAUUGGCAAGCAAUGGAGAAAGAUGGAUUUUCAUGGUGGAUACGUCGGUUACGACGUGCACAGGACCUGUAUGAUUUAUUCAGGAUAGACCACUUCAGAGGAUUUUCUGGUUUCUGGGCUGUACCUUCUGAUGCAAAAGUUGCAAUGGUUGGACGAUGGAAGGCAGGACCUGGAAAAUCGUUAUUUGAUUCCAUCUCCAGAGCAGUUGGAAAGAUUAAUAUAAUAGCUGAAGAUUUGGGGGUUAUAACCGAGGAUGUUAUUGAGCUUAGGAAAUCCAUUGGGGCACCUGGCAUGGCUGUCCUUCAAUUUGGUUUCGGAAGUGAUGCUACUAAUCCUCAUUUACCCCAUAACCAUGAACCCAAUCAAGUUGUGUACACUGGUACUCAUGACAAUGACACGAUCCUUGGUUGGUGGGACAUUUUGCCGGAAGAAGAGAAGUCCAAUGUACUGAAGUACCUGUCAAUUACCAACGAAGAUGAUAUCUCAUGGGAACUUAUCAAAGCUGCGCUAUCUUCAGUGGCCCGAACCACAAUAAUACCUAUGCAGGAUAUUCUUAGGUUGGGGAAUUCUGCGAGGAUGAACAUUCCUGCAACUCAGUUCGGUAAUUGGAGUUGGAGGAUACCUCGUUCCUUGAGUUUUGAUAGCCUGGACGGUGAAGCUUUGAAAUUGAAAAAUCUGCUAUCUAUGUAUGGGCGACUGUAAGUUAAGUGAGAAUUAGUUGUUCUUGAAGUAGCCAGUUUGUUUUAUUGCAGAUUAGCCUUAUCAAGUGUUUUUUUUUUUUUUUUUUUUUUUUU